AUGGCGGUUACUCUGACAUCCCGAUUAUGGUUUAUUUCAGCUGUGAUCACAAGUUCCACUGUCAAAUCAACGCCAGUCGAUGCUUUGCCAAUACAUAGCUCGUGUCCAGUGCUUUAUGAAAACUGCCCAAGAGGUACCGUUCCGUCACACAGCGUUUUUGACCCGGCCGUCGGUGAAUUCCAGCUGUCGUGUAAAGAAUCGGCAAUGCCAGACGGCGAGUGUGUACUGUUAGAUGAUGACAAACGAUCACAAUCAUUCAGGUGUCCCCCGAAUCACGCUUUGGUAGGCAGGGAUAAACAGCGCCCCGUCUGCUGUAAGCUCAAAGGUGUCUGUCUUACAGAUUGUUUCAUACCCAAGGUUUUAUACUCAUUUAAGAUCGGGUUUGAGUUUGAUAUUCAGGAAGGCUACGCCCUGGUUGGCAAAUAUAGCUACGGGAUGUGUGAAGAAGAUCCAAGCGUCUUUCAGAUUGAGAUAUGUAAAUUAACACAACACUGA